AUGACAGCAACAAACAACAACAGCAACUUUAUCGUUUCUGAUGGAAAAGUUAUUGAUUCAUUAGCUGAGGAAUUAGUUGUGGCAGAAACUAAAACCCUCAACGAAAGAAUUGGUGAAAACAAGAUUGAUUUACAUAACUACCUCAAACACGAUGGAGGAAGAGGAAGGAAAACUGGUACAGCUUUAUUAGUAAAUAAAAUUUCAAAUUUAACGAUUAUAGAUGUUGAUAUCAAUAAAUCAUACAAUGAUGAACUUAAAGAAACAGUUAGAAAAGACAUUUUAUCAAAACUUUCGGAUAAAGAUGUUAUCGUUAAAACCGCAUCAGGAGGUCUUCACAUUUAUUGCAACACUAAUUUCUUCUAUUCAACCUCGAACAGAAUGAUUAAAUGUUAUUCUUGCAAUGAUUAUGAUAUUGACAUAAUGACUUCUAUGAAUGAUUCAAAGCGUUCAUUAGUGGUUAUGGCUGAUUCAAGAGUUCACAAGAAUGCAACAGAACCAAUCAAAACAUACUCAUUCAUUCGUGGAAGUUACGAUUCAACAUUAACUAGAACAGUGAAUGAUAUAUUAAAUGAUUUGAAUAUUAAGGUAAGAGUUGAACAAAAGAAUGAAGAAAUAAAGACUAUCAUGAAUGAAAACAAAGAUGUAAACAUUGACGAUAAACUAGCUCAAAGCAUAGUUGAUGGCAUCAGUGAUUUUGAAGUACAUAAUGACGGUGGAAACAUGAAUUUAGAAAAAGAAAUAACAUUGUUCACACUGUUUCAAGCUAUUAAUUCGUUACCUAAUCAUUUAAUUAAUGAAGCAUAUGAUAACGUUUAUAACUUCUGCAAUUUAACUGAAAAUGCUAAAAGUAAUUUUGAAAAAGCACGUAGUAGAUAUGCACAUUUAAUGACUUCUCCAUUUGUUUUAGUGAAGAUUCUAAAACUAUAUCAAAAGGAAUAUUAUGAUGAAUACGUUUUACCUUUAUUACGUAAGCCAAAAAUAACAUUUGAUAUAAAACUUGAUGACUCGUUUUUGAUAACAGAUAUUAGACGCAAGGCUGAAAAUCAUCAGUAUAAAAACAGUUCUGAAGUAAUUGAGGAUUUAUCACGUGUAAUCCGUUUUGUAGAUUGUGGAAACAAAUAUUUCAUUCAGAAAGAUUACAACAUACACGACAAAAUGAAUCAAAUAUCAUUUGUUCUUCA